UCCAGCUUUGAGGAGCCAGUCGAUCAGGAGCAUGCACAGCUAGAGGAGAGGAGUGGGAAAGGGGGAAAGCAGACACUGACAUUGGCUGCUGAGGAUGCACUGGCAGGCAAGAAACACUCCCCAUGACCACAGCUAGGCUGAAGGGGGGCCAUGAAAGCAGGAGCCGACAUGAAUAUUGCUGGGAAGACUGUGUGUGUUUUUAUGUUGCUCACCAUCACCAAGGUCACAAGAACAGUAGGAAACAAAAGAGUGUCAGUGACAGUAGGUAGCAGCUCUGUGCUCACCUGCCCUACCAAAUCAAAUAGAACUAUGGUAACAUGGAAAAUUAGCCCCAAGGUUGGAGGCCCCUGCACCUUGGGAUACAGGAGCGAUCAGAACAAGACAGACAGAACCAACUGCAGCGACAGCAUGAACUGGAAGUUCAGACCAGAUCAGGACCCUGCCCUUGAGAUACAACAAGUGGGAAUAGCCCACGAGGGAAAUUACGUCUGUGAAGUAGUAUCAACGGAAGGGAAUUUCCAUGAGACAUACCACCUGAUUGUGCUGGUCCCCCCAAGGCUGACCCUGUAUUGCGAUGACCAUGGAAACCCCGUGUGUGAGGCAGUGGCAGGGAAGCCGGCUGCUCGGAUCUCCUGGGUCCUGGAGAGCAGCUUUACCCCCAGGGAAGAAGGCCAUGACAACGGGACAGUGACUGUUGUCAGCAAGUUCACAGCACAUGGUAGCAAUGUGACUAAUGCAACCUGCUUCAUGUCCCACCCAGCUGGGAACCAGAGCAACUCCAUAGCCUGUCAACCAUCAGAGAACAGCUUUAUCAUGCGUGCCUCCAUUGUUCUUUGUUUCCUGAGCGUUUUAAGCUUCAUGGCUGUCAUUUACACUUUUAAGCUCCGUGGCAACAGACCAUGCCACAAAACCAAACCUUCUGAAACUGCCCAAAACAGGCAAACCCCACAGUUAAGGAGAACGAUGCAAAUUAGACCAUCAACGAAUCAUGGAUCUUCUGGUAGCCCUGAAAACAUGGAUGACACAAUGGAAGUGGAACCUUACACUAUUUAUGUGCAGAAGGAAAACGUAAUUUACAACUCAGUGUCUGAUCUGACAGUGGGGAAGAACCUGCCACAAGGACUGUCGCCAGCAACAUGAAUGAUUCACCAACACUGGAAGGGAGAGAGACACUUUAUAAAAGACUGGUUAUAGAAAGAAGCUUCUCCGAGGAUUUCUUCAGAUUUUGGGGCGACAUAGCUUCCUAUGUCUGUUCAGAUGCCUGUGCUUGCUGAGGAGUCUGUAUAGUUCUUUUUCCCUUCUUGGGAAAGGAAACAGGCUUCCUGUUACUCCUUGGGGAAAUGCGACUGACUCCAUCCCAUCAUUUUUCCUGGAAAAGCUGUUGUGAUCCUCCCUUUGCUGUUCUUGCCUUGGAGAUCCUAGGUUUAUCAGUCACUUCUAGGCAUUACUUGGAUGCACUUGACACUAUGUUGCACACAUUCGAGAGACUGGAGUAGUGUUAUGUCUGAACUAAAAUGAAACAGUCUCCAAUCAAUAGCCACUUCUUUCUAGUUUAUGAAUUACUAACAUAGUGGCCUCAGUACUGAUCCUCACAGAAUAGCUCAAAUGGUGAAAGAUAUUGGUAGGGAAGACUUUUAAUCCCCUAGUUCUGAAAAUAGAAACGAGUGAUGAAUUUAGAAAGUCAUCCACUAAGAAAGAGAAUUCACCAGUAUUAAUUUACUUGUUAGGUUCAUAUUCAGUAUUUCCACUAAAUGUGUUAAUUCUCUAUUUCAAAUUAUUGUUAUGAUUGUUUUUCCAUAAGAUUCUCUCACGAUAUGGUAUUGCUCUCUUCCUUAAGAGUACUGGCAUUAAGAUACUGUAAAAGAAUUAUGCUACUCAAAUCUGGUAAGUUACUUUUAACAGAAAUAAACAUCAAAUAUUUCAUAAACUAAGAUGAGCUCAAAGAUAUCUGCUAUAACUGUGCAAUAAUGUAGAAAAAAGAUAAAAUGCUUACUAAUUCUAGUCAUAUUUAUUUUAACUACCACAACUGAAGUUUUUUUCCAUGCAUAUUUCUAGACAUUUUAUUGAUAAUCUUUUAAAUAUACGUGCAAGUUCACUUUUUUGUAUGUAAAUUAGUUUAUGUAUCUUAAUGUGUCUCAUGUUGAGGUGACUUCUCACAUUCCCAAAAUAUCAUUUGGGAAUAAGUCAAAUAAAUCAUUCUCUAUAUAC